CGCUGACGUCAUCGCCGCGCGCCGCCAUGGCCGCCACGGCGGGGCUGGCGCGGCCGCGGGCGCUGUUCCUGGCCGGGCUGGCCGCGGUCUACAUCGCCGCCUUCGGCUCCCUCUACGUGCAGAUCCCCGGGCUGUACGGGCGCUCGGGGCUGCUGCCGGCGCGCCGCGUGCUGCGGCCCGGCGGGAAGGGGCUGUGGGAGCAGCUGCGGGACGUGCCCACGCUGCUGUGGCUGUGCCCGCGCCUGGGGCUGGACACGGAGCAGGGCAUGGAGCUGCUGUGCCUGCUGGGCGUGCUGGCUGCGCUCGGGGCGCUGCUCUGGGACGCCCUGAGGGACUGCCUGGUGUUCGCUCUGCUCGCUGGGUUCUACCUGUCGCUGUACCAGGUGGGGCAGGUGUUCCUGUACUUCCAGUGGGACAGCCUGCUGCUGGAGGCCGGGUUCCUGGCCGUGCUGGUGGCCCCCCUGCGCCUGCUGCGGUGGGGGUCCCCGGCCUGGAGACCCCACGACGCCGUCACCUUCUGGGCCGUGCGCUGGCUGCUCUUCCGCCUCAUGUUCGCCUCGGGCGUGGUGAAGCUCACCAGCCGCUGCCCCACCUGGUGGGGGCUCACAGCGCUGACCUACCACUACGAGAGCCAGUGCAUCCCCACGCCGGGCGCCUGGCUGGCCCACCAGCUGCCCGUGUGGUUCCAGAAGCUCAGCGUGGUGGGCACCUACGUCAUCGAGGUGGCCGUGCCCGCGCUCUUCUUCGCGCCCCUGCGCCGCCUGCGCCUCUUCGCCUUCUACUGCCAGGUGCUGCUGCAGGUCCUCAUCAUCCUCACGGGCAACUACAACUUCUUCAACGCGCUGACCAUCGUGCUGACCUCCUCCCUGCUGGACGAGCAGCACGUGGGGCGCUGGCUGGGCCGGCCCCGCAAGAGGCACGGUGCUGGCUGGCCCCCCAGGCUGGGCUGGGUGCUGGGCACGCUGCUGGAGCUCAGCACCUACGGGCUGCUGCUCUGCUGGACCAUGCGCUACUUCGGCCUGGAGCUGGACUGGGACAGGAGGGUGCUGGAGUCCAGAGUGGCCUUCACCUACCACGAGUUCACCACCUGGCUGCGCACCGUGACCCUGCCGCUGGUCGGGGUGGCCUUCCUGUCCCUGUCCUGGGAGAUCCUGGUGGCCCUGUACCGCUGUGUCUGCCUCCGGGGAUGCUUCUGGAAGCUCUGGGCCACCCUGCAGUGGGCCAUCAUGGGCACGGCCACCGUGGGGCUGUUCGCUGUCAGCCUGGUGCCCUUCACCUACAUCGAGCACGAGUCCAACGGGAAGCUGUGGCCCGGCAUCCACCAGAUGUUCGGGGCCGUGGAGCGCUUCCAGCUGGUCAACUCCUACGGGCUCUUCCGCAGGAUGACCGGCGUGGGCGGCCGGCCCGAGGUCAUCCUGGAGGGCAGCUACGACGGGCACAGCUGGACGGAGAUCGAGUUCAUGUACAAGCCCGGGAACGUGAGCGUGGCCCCGGCCGUGGUGGCCCCGCACCAGCCCCGCCUGGACUGGCAGCUCUGGUUCGCCGCCCUCGGGCCCCACCAGGGCAGCCCCUGGUUCAGUGCCCUGCUGCUGCGCCUGCUGCAGGGACAGCCCGACGUGAUCCGCCUGGUGCAGACCGACGAGUCCCGGUACCCGUUCCACGCCCGCCCUCCCACCUUCCUGCGGGCCCAUCUCUACAAGUACUGGUUCACGACCCCCAGCGAGGGCAGCCCCGCGCCGUGGUGGCGGCGGCAGCGCGUGCAGGAGUUCUUCCCGGCCGUGUCCCUGGGUGACCCCACGCUGGAGUCCCUGCUCAGCCAGCACGGCCUCAAGGACAAGCCCCCUGACCCCAUUUCCCCCCAGGACCAGCCCCCUCCGCGCCGCGGGGCCCAGGCGCUGCUGCCGCGGCUGCUGGGCUCCGUGCGCCGCCUGUGCCAGCCCUGCUCGGGCCCUGUCCUGCUCUGGUCCCUCUACCUGGUGGCCGCCACCGCGGGGCUGCUGCGGGCCCUGGCCCGGCGGGCCCGGGGGGGCGCGACCCCCGCCCGCCACAAAGGGCCCCGGGACCACCGGGGUGAGCGCAACGGGGCACGGGGCACCGAGGGGGCACGGGGGAACGAGGGCCGGCACGGCAACAAGAGGAAGAAGUAGCCCCCGCAGCCCCCCAGAAAUGGGGCACAGGCAGGGAGUCCCCAGCUGGGGGGGCAGCGCUUGUGGGACCCCGGCCCGGGGGGUGCCCGUGUGCCAGUGCCUUCAGCACGGUGUGGCCGUGGGGCUGGGGACAUGCCCGGGGCUUGGGGACACCUCCCUCUGCCUGGGGACCCCUUGGGGACACCUCCCCCUGUCUGAGGGACCCCUUGGGGACACCUGCCCCAGCCUGGGGGACACCUCCCUCUGCCUGGGGACCCCUUGGGGACACCUCCCUCUGUCUAGGGACCCCUUGGGGACACCUCCCUCUGCCUGGUGACCCCCUUAGGGACACCUCCCUCAGCCUGGGGGACCCCUUGGGGACACCUCCCCCAGCCUGGGGACCCCUUGGGGACACCUCCCUCUGUCGAUGGGGACACCUGCCCCAGCCUGGGGACCCCUUGGGGACACCUCCCUCUGCCUGGGGACCCCUUGGGGACACCUCCCCAGUGUCCAGGCACUCCUGGGGACCUGUCCCUGCUCCCUGGGGACCCCCCUAGGGUUUGAGGGGUGCUUGGGGACAUGUCCCAGUGUCUGGGGACCCUUUGGGGCCCCGGCCCCAAUGUGGGUGACCCCCCUGCAGUGCCCAGGGACCCCUGGGGACCCCUCCAGACCCCAGGGUGGGGGGCUCAGAGCAGGUGGGGGCUCCGUGCCCGCGGGGCAGUGCCAGCCCUCCUGUCACCCUGCCCGCGUCACUUUGGGGUCCCCCAGGCACUUUGGGGUGCUCCCCCCGCCCGGCUCAGCCCGAGCCCAGAGGUUUCCUAUAAUUUUCUAAUUAAAGCCUUGGACAUUCCA